CCACGGAAUUGUUAAAUCAUUAAGAAAAGAAUUAAGCACUUGUCAAAAAUCAUCUGACUGAUUGAAUUCACACCACUUUUUUCAAGAAAUCUUAAGAGUUCUAUCCUCAUUUGAUCAGAUUUUUGCACAAGCAAUCAUAUCGGCUAUGGAUCCAUCACGCAUCACUUUGCGUCCUUUCAAGCUAUCGGAUGCAGACGACAUGCUAGUGUGGGCGGGCGACGAUAGAGUGACAAGGUCCUUAAGAUGGAAAACUUUGACUAGCAAAGACGAGGCCUUGGCCUUCAUCGAACAAGUGUGCAUACCCCACCCUUGGCGAAGGUCCAUAUGCAUCGAUGACCGUUCCAUCGGCUUCGUGUCUGUAUUCCCGGGGUAUGGGGACGACAGGUGCCGAGCCGACCUAGGCUAUGCAAUAGGGGUGGAGUAUUGGGGACAAGGAAUCACAACAAGAGCUGUCAAAAUGGCAACUGCUCAGGUGUUUAACGACUUUCCUGAAAUAGUAAGGCUGCAGGCUUUUGCUAGUGUGGAGAAUAAGGCCUCACAGAGGGUGUUGGAGAGAGCUGGAUUUGUGAAGGAGGGAUUGCUGAGAAAGUACUCGUACCUCAAAGGCAGUAUUCAGGAUGUGCUCGUUUUCAGCUUCUUAUCAACUGAUCAUUCUUGAUUUUCACAGGUUCUUGCAUUAGAAAUAAGUGGUUGUUUGCAGUUGGAAAAUUCUGGGAUUGUUUUUACUAUGUUUAUGGUUAUAUAGUACUUGUACAAGUAUCAAACUAUUCGAACUUGAAUUACUUUCUACAAGUAGUCUGAAGUAAAAUAGUUGGCGGCAUCGGGAGCGUCCCCCGUCUGAUCUUGUUGAAGUAGUUGUGUGUAGAGGAGGUGGUUCCAUGUGUCGGGGACUCCAGCAACACACCAGUGGGUGCAGUCCAUGCCCUUGAACCCAUUGUGUGUGCCGGGGUGCCCGUCCUUUCUCAAUUAGGAAAGAGUCGUGAUGUCCAACAAAUGAACUGAUGUUGUGUUGC